AUGCGCAGUGUGCCUUCAGCAGCGGCUAGAGAAGGAAUGAUGGCGUCCACGGCUUCUCGCUGUUCCACACGCUGGAUCGCUGUCAUCGUGUCCUCUGCGCAUCUUCGUGCCACUGGCCCAGGUGUCUGUGCUGCUCAUGGAGGUGUCCGUUCUGUUUCUACCUUCGGAGCGGAAAAACUCUGGCGGGGAGGGAAGCCAACAUGUGGUGGAGCCGGGAAAGCCUUGACAUUGAGAGGACUGUCGGGUAUUCAAUUGCCCCAUGCUGUCUACAGACUGUCCUUUCAUACAAGUGCCCCUGUCAGCAGCAAGCAAGACUUCUACCAGGUCUUGGGUGUACCUCGCACAGCAACACAGAAGGAAAUUAAGAAAGCUUACUACCAGAUGGCCAAAAAGUACCACCCUGACACCAACAAAGAUGACCCACAAGCCAAGGAGAAAUUUGCACAGCUGGCUGAAGCCUAUGAGGUCCUGAGUGAUGAAGCAAAGAGGAAGCAGUAUGACACUUACGGCUCAGCAGGCUUUGAUGCUGGCCAGGCUGGUGGAGGGCAGCAGUACUGGGGUGGACAGAGCACCAACAUGAACCCAGAGGAGCUCUUCCGCAAGAUCUUUGGGGAAUUCUCAGGAGGCCGUGGUUUUGGAGAUUUCAAUGCUAUAUUUGACCAGCCACAAGAGCAUAUCAUGGAGUUGACGUUCAUUCAAGCAGCAAAGGGGGUCAAUAAAGAAAUAUCCGUCAAUAUAGAAGCAUCCUGCCAGCGUUGUGAUGGUAAGGGCCACGAGCCAGGCAGUAAAGUCCAGCACUGCCACCACUGCAACGGCUCUGGCAUGGAAACUAUAAACACAGGUCCAUUUGUGAUGCGUUCCACAUGCCGCCGCUGUGGCGGCAAAGGCUCAGUCAUUUCCACACCCUGUUACUCAUGUCGUGGAACGGGACAAACCAAGCAGAGGAGGACUGUGAUGGUCCCUGUUCCAGCAGGUGUGGAGGAUGGUCAGACAGUCAGAAUGCCUGUUGGUAAAAAGGAGAUCUUCAUCACAUUUAGGGUUCAAAAAAGUCCAGUGUUCAGGAGGGACGGAGCAGACGUCCACUCUGACCUUCAUGUCUCUGUAGCACAAGCCAUCCUGGGGGGAACGGCCAGAGCACAGGGGCUUUAUGAAACGCUAAACCUAUCAAUUCCUGCAGGCGUCCAGACAGACCAGCGGAUCCGUUUGGCUGGGAAGGGGAUUGCUCGUGUCAGUGGCUAUGGUUUCGGAGACCACUAUGUCCACAUUAAAAUAAAAAUUCCCAAGACGCUGACGGAUAGACAGAGGUCUCUGUUGAUGAGCUACGCCGAGGACGAGGCAGAUGUGGAGGGGUCGGUGAACGGCGUGACUGCCACCACCACAGGUGGGGGCAGCAGUGGUAAACGGUCUGAGGCAGGGGAUGUGCAUGACAAGGAGGAAGAAAAAUUGAAACAAGAGGGGGGAUUCUUCUCCAAAUUAAAGAAAUUAUUUAUUUCUUCAUGACAGCCACAAAUCAGGUAAAAGGUCCUGGAACUGAGAGGCGCUGUCAGCAGUCAGACUGCAGAGGAGAGAGCAGCCAGAUUCUAAAAAGAAAGACAGGGGGUGGCAAGGUACUGGGUGUUGGAUCAGUUCUACAAGGGUUCUGGACAGAUUAGUACGGACCUGCUGACCACGCACUGCAAAGGAUAGUUCACUGUGUUCCUCUGCUGAAGUGAAACAACACACAAGAGGAAGUUCCAGUUGCACCAGACGCCUCUUUUCCAGAUGUCCAUCGCUGCCAUAUUGGCCGCAAAGAUUUGUCAUUUAUCCCAGCAGUUUGUGCAAGUUGGUUUCCUGUUGACUGCCAUAAAUAAAACAUGGCAACAACAAAAUCAUAUUGGACAGGCAUAACUUAUAUUU